ACCUCCCAUGAAAAGGACACAGCUCCCAACAGGUCCAUGGAUAACGAUUGCUGCUGACAUACUUGGUCCCUUACCGACUGGUGAAUAUCUUUUAGUAGUAGUGGAUUACUACAGCCGAUAUUUCGAAGUAGAUCUGUUGAAGCGAAUUAGAGCUUCAGACAUUAUCUCCAGGCUAAAGACCACGUUCUCUAGAUAUGGUGCUCCGUACACCAUGAUAACGGACAACGGUUCACAGUUCACGGACCAUUCCUUCGAACGUUUUCUCAAAGACUAUGGAGUGGAGCACAGCACCAGCCCCCCAUUAUGGCCCAGAGCCAAUGGAGAAGUCGAAAGACAGAACCGCACUUUGCUGCACGCUAUGCAGACAGCACAAGUCGAAGGUAAAGAUUGGCGACAAGAACUUUACAUCUUCCUCAUGGCAUACCGCACCACACCACAUUCCACAACUGGAAUCAGCCCAGCUGACGCAUUCUUUCAAAGGAAAGUACGAUGCAAACUGCCAACUUUAGGGUUACAAGAUACCCCAGUUUUCGACGGACAGAUGCGAGAUGAAGAUUUGCGAAAGAAGGAGGAAGGGAAAAGACAUGGAGAUAUCGCAGUAAAAGCACAAACCGACGAUAUAAAAGUAGGAGACAAAGUACUGUUACGCCAGCAGAAGACCAAUAAAUUGACUACCACUUAUGAAUGGCAACCUUAUAACGUGAUCAGCAGAGCCGGAGCAGAAGUAGUUAUAUCCAACGGGAAUAAGACACUCCGACGACACAUCUCUCACACGAGACCAUACGAGGAAGGACAAACACCCUCUGUACAAGAGAAAGAGUCGACUAACGACCUUGACGAACAUUUCCCUACUCAACAGGCAAAACAGACAACUAAAGAAGGAAGACCAAGAAGAGAGAGACAGCCACCUGUCCGCCUGAAAGACUACAGCUUAUCGUAGGCUUGACUGACAGACAGUUACUUUGAGUUAGUAAUAGAGUAGUGAGAAAAAGGAGGGGUUGUAGUAUAUUAGAGUAUUGUAGUACUAUAUACGGGUACUAUAUACGGGUUAGUUAGAGUGUUGAGUUGUGUUGAGUGUGCAGAACAAUAAAUCAACCAGAACACUAC